AUGGAGAAAGAACUAGGCUAAAUGAAAAAUGAUAAGAUCAAGAGUAAAUCUGAGGAGUACUUUGAUAAGAUUGAUUUCAUCUUUAUUGAUGGAGACUCACUUAAUUACAUGCCGUGGCAUUCAGAUAAUGAGCAGAUUAGACUUUUGGUUAAGAAUUGCAUUAAGUCCAAUAAAUGCGUGUUCGGAUCUCACGUCCUUUUUAGUACACUAAUAUACCUCAAAAGUCUUGGAGCAAAUAACUUUAAAAUCAGUUAAAAAAUCAAAGUCAUAAAUAAUGACUAGAAAGGAGAUUUCAACAUUAAGAGCAUAAACAUAUCGAAUGAUAGAUAAAGACAGCGAAUCAAGUCUUUAAAUCAUUUCUAAAAUAGACUGAGUAUUCAAUCAAACUAAUUGUCGAUGAAUAAGCAAUCAGAAUUGAAUGAGACAGAUAUUGAAAAUGUAAACCUAAUACUGCUAAAUACUACUGGAGAAUUGUACGAAUUUAAUAAGUAGUUGAACUAAAUGUAGCUUUUCGCUCGAACAGGAUUGAUUAGAAAUAUGAACGAUGUGCACUCCUCUAAUAUGAACUUAUCAUCUUCUGUUAAUUUUAGAGAAGCUGAUUGCAAUAAUAUAGUUGUGUAUAAAAGUGGUUCUGCUGUGCAUAACCCUCUGAUGAAAGGAGUACUAGAUGUCUUACAUCUUAGUAAUAAUUUCUUUUAUGACUUCUGCUGGAAGACUAACAAGUCAGUGGCCGAGUUAUAUCAAAUAUAAAUUCAGACUAUAAUGUCUACUUAACUUGGAAUUCCUCUAAUUGUUGAAUCUGGCAACAUUUUAGCAAAUUAAUUUAAUAAGAUCUUUGAAUUUCAAAAGGAAUCAUAACUUCAAAAAUUGCUUUAGAAUUUCAUAAGUUCAAAAAUCUAGAAAAUGCAAGAAAUGGGUUUCAUUCAUUUAAAACUAAGAGACACUACUAUCCAUCAAAAUAAUGGGUUUCUGAAUCAAAACAGUUCCAAUUCAAGCAUUAGUUAGUUUCAAAGUGGAAGUCAUAAAUUUUCAAAAAGCAUGAUAAAUCCUGCUAAUAGUUCAAGCUACAAAAUGAUAGAUUCUAUGGGAACACAAAAAUUAGAUUAAAAUAGCAGUAUAAAUUAAGGAGAGUAUAUGGUAGGACAGGCUAAAUCUUUCAAAAUAACAAUAAGCAAGUAGAGAUUCAGAUAUAGAGAUAAAAAGCCUCAAAAUGAUUUUGAUUUAGAUUAUUCAAUGAAUGACAGUUUCAAUCAAACUCAUUUAAUAAAUACGAAUUCUUCAAAUCAAAUUUUCAAUAAGCAAUAUAACAAUUCAACCUAAUCUUAAUUGAUUAGAGAUUUGAAACAAGAUAACUCUAGAUAAAGAGUAAGGACUUCUAAUAUAAACUUAAGAGAAAAAUAUUAAAAAAAUAUGAAUUAUAUGAAUGGUGCUGAACUAUAUAUGUCAAGUUAAACCAUGAAUUAUAAAAACUUAAAUCAUUCAAGCAGUAAUAAUUUGAUCAAUAGCAACUAGAUAUAAUAAUAUAGUAAUUAAAAUCUUAGGACUCUUAAACCAAUUAAUCAUAAUGUAGGGAAUAAAACCAUUAGUACUAAUUUUAGGAAUGGAUUUUAAAAGAAAAAAAGUGAUCUAGAUAACUAAUGGGUAUCUGGCAAGAACUCCUAGACUCUAAUUCUAUCGAUGGAUAAAAUGAGACAUAGAAGAAUCGAGUCAACUAUUAUAGUCAAUGAAAAACCUGAAAAUAUCAACAAGGAAGAGACAUUUAUAGGAGAGUUUAAAAUUGAAGUUCCGAAGAGAUUGAUAUCAAUUCCUAAAAAGGUUAAAUAAGUAAAGAUAGUUUAUUAGAUCCCCAAAAAGAUAGCUUGA